AUUUUCAGACAGUCAAAUACGGUCCCCCGGCUUUCGACGUGCUUCAGUUCAUCAUGACCAACGCCAGGCGAUCUGUGCGUAAACAUCACGAAUCUGACCUGCUGCAGCAUUACUACGAUUACUUCAGCAAGCUGCUGACUCGGCAGGGAUUCCAACCGGCUGAAAUAUUAAGUGAAAGGGAGUUUGCUGAUGCCUGCAACAUAUUCAGGAUCCCAGCUAAGAUCCAAGCAGUUGUGGACCGUAGUAUAACACUUAUACCAGACGAGGUGUAUCUGGAGGCAAGCAAGUCUGAAGGAGCCUUCUCAAAAUUCAUUUUCGAAGAGCGCAGUAGAUAUAUGGCAGAAGCAUUUGAUAGUUGUCCUAUGUAUAGGGAUAUUAUGAUAGAAGAUAUAGUUGAGCUUAAUGAAAUGUUAAUGGAGUAAGGGAUGGAAUUUUAAGUCGUCACGUAAUAGAUAGAUGUUAAGAAAAAUAUGAUUAUUAGAAAUAAAGCUCUAUUUUCAAUCCAAUUAAUAUACUGGAACACCCAGCAAUAAUGAUUUUAUUUCAACAAUUUUGUACGUUACCUAGGGCUAGGUGAGUAGUUAAUCAAUAUUUCAGAAAAAUCCAACCGUUGAAAGUUAUGUGAAAAAAAUACGUUGUUAGGCCUCCAUAAACACGUCUGAGUAUACUCCUGAUCAGAAAUCAAUCAAAUUAAUAAUUAGGUUUAGAUUUCAACAAACUCCUCAAUAAUCUUCCAUUAUCACAUGUUUUUGCUGCUGUACCUGGUCCGCAUACCGUGCUUCAAGGUAAAUAGAAAUGGUUCUGAGUUACAAAUAUUUUAUCUGGUUCAGACAAAUGUAUAUGUUGCCUUUGCUUUAUGCAAUUUUA